AGCUCACUCACUCACUCCAACAUGAGCUGGUCUCAAGUCUCCCCCACGCGGUGGGAACGCCCUCUCACCGGCUUCGAAGAAUACCUCGUCCACUUCGCAAACAUCUCCACCACCGUUUCCACCACCAACCAACAAUACACCACCUACUCCAAAGUAUCCGUGGACAUCAACCUCCCCAACAUCACAACCGCCCUCCAACACGCCUGGAAACAAAUGCGGUUCGAAGAGCCCGACAUGGCCGCCACCAUUGAAGGCACCACCAAAAUCUACGAGAUCCCCAAUGAGCAAACCCUCCACGAAUGGCUCGAUUCUACCUUCAUCGUCACCGACCUCACCGACGCAGAUGCUCUCCAACGCAACGGCACUUACAUCACACAAUCCAAACUCUACUACCUCCCCCACACCUCGGAACUCGUCCUUCGCGCUCAGCAUUACACCAUCGACGGCGUGGGCGUUCUCAUCUGGUGGGAUAAGUUCUUCCGCGCUUUACUCAACCCCAACCCUGACAUCGUCUUUGGAGACGAACACCAUUGUUUAUCCGUUCCCCUCCCCGAAGCCCUAGGGAACAAUGACCCCCCAACCGAAGCCGAAACCAAAAAAGCCACCGCACAAGUCCUACAAUACGUCGCCGGACUGCCCAGCAUCGGAAUGGUAUCCAAGGCGGGACAAGUCCCACCAGGAAAAUCCCAACACAUCGAGUAUCGAUUCUCACCCGAUCUCACGGCGGCGAUUAUCCACGGGUGCAAGAGAACAGGCAUAUCGGUAACUUCAGCCGUGCACGCCGCGUACGGCAUGGUGCUGAUGCAGCACGCGGACCCGAACUCCAACACCUCACAAUACACAACCGUCCAGUCAUUCAAUCUCCGGGAUUACCUCCCCGAGCGGUAUCGCACAGUCGCAGCGGCGAAUUAUCCCACUACGGUGCCGUUUUCGAUUACUCUGCCGGUGGGGUUUGAUCAAUUUGCGCGGGCGUUGAAUCAGAGUUAUCGGUACGGGAUCAAGGAGAAUUGCGACGCUCUGAAUAUUGUGGGAGCGUAUAAUAAGGUGUUGAUUGGGAUGCUUAAGAGCCCGGAGGCUCAGGAUAUGCCUGGUCCGACGGAUGCGUAUGUGAGUAGUUUGGGGAUUGUGGAGAGGUAUCUUCGGCGGUCGUAUGGGGGGGUUGUGAGGGUGAAGGAUUAUGAAUUUGCUGUUGAUGUGGUGUUGGGGUUGAAUGCGUUGCAUGUGUUUUCGUUUCGGGAUGAGUUGCGACUGGUGUAUAGUUUUAAUGAUGGGUUUGAGGAGCCGGGGAUGAUUCGGGAGUAUUUGGAGGGGGUGGAGAGGGUUUUGAGGGAGGUGCUGGGUUUUCUGUAUAUACAGUUUUGA